AUGCGUCUGCCGUUGGUACUGCUACUUGCGGUGUGUAUUGCCAUCACUUCGUGUGCUGCUCUAUCUGCUUUUGCUACCGAACAAGAAACUUCUGUCGCGCAAACCGCUAAACGUUGGGGCUCACCUCACUCCAUCGCUGCUGCUGGAGAUCGUGAUAUGUCUGGCAAACAGCUCUUAAGGGCUGACAAUCUUCUGCUUGUUGACAACGAUGUCGAUGCUGAAGAGAGGGGCCUCCCAGCCAUUACGAAGUUAACCGACAUGGUUAAGAAAGGGAAAUUCGCAGUGGGCACCAAACUAAGUGACAAGAUGUUGUGGGUCAAGUACCAGAAGCUGCUCAAACAAAAGCUUUCGGACUUGGACAUCACCGGAAUGUGGCUAAAAAGUGGGAAAAGUCCAGACAAGAUUUUUGACCGCUGGAUUCGCCUCGACAAGUCACCGAGGCAAGCAGCCAAAAAUUUGCUAAACCAUGGAACAACAGCGAAUGAUCUCUACAAGGUCCUGAAAAAGCGUAACAUGGACCUGGAAACAAUCAGACCGAUUUGGCGCGACCUCGGACUGACAGAGAAUCAACUUCGUGUUGCGCGUCAGGCGGCUAGCGCCUUGUGA